GUGGGGCAGCCUUGGCCUCGGCGGCGGCCGCACCGGCAGCGCGCGCGGGGAAACGCUGGGACGCCCGCCGGGCCGGCCGGAGCGGGUGAUGGGGCCCGUGUGAGCGCGCCCAGGCCCGGCCCGGUGCCCGGCGGGCGGCAGCAUGUCCGCGGGCGGCAGUACCAGGAAGAGCACCGGGAGGCCCUCCUAUUACUACCGGCUGCUGCGGCGGCCCCGGCUGCAGCGACAGAGGAGCCGCUCCCGCAGCCGGACCCGGCCCGCCAGGGAGUCGCCCCAAGAAAGGCCAGGCUCCCGGCGCAGCCUGCCCGGCAGCCUCUCGGAGAAGAGCCCCAGCAUGGAGCCCUCAGCCGCUACACCGUUCCGGGUCACGGGCUUCCUCAGCCGCCGCCUCAAGGGCUCCAUCAAGCGCACCAAGAGCCAGCCCAAGCUGGACCGCAACCACAGCUUCCGCCACAUCCUGCCGGGGUUCCGGAGCGCUGCCGCUGCCGCCGCCUCCUCCGCCGCGGACAAUGAGAGGUCCCAUCUGAUGCCGAGGCUGAAGGAGUCUCGCUCCCACGAGUCCCUGCUCAGCCCCAGCAGCGCGGUGGAGGCGCUGGACCUCAGCAUGGAGGAGGAGGUGGUCAUCAAGCCCGUGCACAGCAGCAUCCUGGGCCAGGACUACUGCUUCGAGGUGACAACGUCAUCAGGAAGCAAGUGCUUCUCCUGCCGGUCAGCAGCUGAGCGAGAUAAGUGGAUGGAGAACUUGCGGCGAGCAGUGCACCCCAACAAGGACAACAGCCGGCGUGUGGAGCACAUCCUGAAGCUGUGGGUGAUCGAGGCCAAGGACCUGCCGGCCAAGAAGAAGUACCUGUGCGAGCUGUGCCUGGACGAUGUGCUCUACGCCCGCACCACGGGCAAGCUCAAGACGGACAAUGUCUUCUGGGGCGAGCACUUCGAGUUCCACAACCUGCCACCCCUGCGCACCGUCACCGUCCACCUGUACCGGGAGACGGACAAGAAGAAGAAGAAGGAGCGCAACAGCUACCUGGGCCUGGUGAGCCUGCCCGCCGCCUCCGUGGCCGGGCGGCAGUUCGUGGAAAAGUGGUACCCAGUGGUGACGCCCAACCCCAAGGGCAGCAAGAGCCCCGGACCCAUGAUCCGCAUCAAGGCGCGCUACCAGACCAUCACCAUCCUGCCCAUGGAGAUGUACAAGGAGUUCGCCGAGCACAUCACCAACCACUACCUGGGGCUCUGCACAGCCCUCGAGCCCAUCCUCAGUGCCAAGACCAAGGAGGAGAUGGCGUCGGCCCUGGUGCACAUCCUGCAGAGCACGGGCAAAGUGAAGGACUUCCUGACGGACCUGAUGAUGUCAGAGGUGGACCGCUGUGGGGACAACGAGCACCUCAUCUUCCGGGAAAACACGCUGGCCACCAAGGCCAUCGAAGAGUACCUCAAGUUGGUGGGCCAGAAGUACCUGCAGGACGCGCUAGGUGAGUUCAUCAAAGCGCUGUAUGAGUCAGACGAGAACUGCGAAGUGGACCCAAGCAAGUGCUCGGCCGCUGACCUCCCUGAGCACCAGGGCAACCUCAAGAUGUGCUGCGAACUGGCCUUCUGCAAGAUCAUCAACUCCUACUGCGUCUUCCCACGGGAGCUGAAAGAAGUGUUUGCCUCGUGGCGGCAGGAGUGCAGCAGCCGCGGGCGGCCCGACAUCAGCGAGCGGCUCAUCAGCGCCUCCCUGUUUCUGCGCUUCCUCUGCCCCGCCAUCAUGUCGCCCUCGCUCUUCAACCUGCUGCAGGAGUACCCGGACGACCGCACGGCCCGCACCCUCACCCUCAUCGCCAAGGUCACCCAGAACCUGGCCAACUUCGCCAAGUUUGGCAGCAAAGAGGAGUACAUGUCGUUCAUGAACCAGUUCCUGGAGCAUGAGUGGACCAACAUGCAGCGCUUCCUGCUGGAGAUCUCCAACCCCGAGACCAUCUCCAACACAGCCGGUUUCGAGGGCUACAUCGACCUGGGCCGCGAGCUGUCCAGCCUGCACUCGCUGCUCUGGGAGGCCGUCAGCCAGCUGGAGCAGAGCAUCGUCUCCAAACUGGGGCCCCUGCCUCGAAUCCUGAGGGAUGUCCACACAGCGCUGAGCACCCCAGGCAGUGGGCAGCUCCCAGGGACCAAUGACCUGGCCUCCACGCCUGGCUCUGGGAGCAGCAGCCUCUCGGCUGGGCUGCAGAAGAUGGUGAUUGAGAACGAUCUCUCUGGUCUGAUAGAUUUCACCCGGUUACCGUCUCCAACCCCCGAAAACAAGGACUUGUUUUUUGUCACAAGGUCCUCCGGGGUCCAGCCCUCACCUGCCCGCAGCUCCAGUUACUCGGAAGCCAACGAGCCUGAUCUUCAGAUGGCCAACGGCGGCAAGAGCCUGUCCAUGGUGGACCUCCAAGACACCCGCACGCUGGACGGGGAGGCAGGCUCCCCAGCGGGCCCCGACGCCCUCGCCGCCGACGGGCAGGCGCCUGCAGCUCAGCUGGUGGCCGGGUGGCCAGCUCGGGCAGCCCCCGUGAGCCUGGCAGGGCUGGCCACCGUGCGACGGGCAGGCCAGACGCCGACCACACCAGGCACCUCCGAGGGCGCACCGGGCCGGCCCCAGCUGUUGGCGCCGCUCUCUUUCCAGAACCCUGUGUACCAGAUGGCGGCCGGCCUGCCGUUGUCACCCCGCGGCCUUGGCGACUCGGGCUCUGAGGGCCACAGCUCUCUGAGCUCCCACAGCAACAGUGAGGAGCUGGCGGCUGCUGCCAAGCUGGGGAGUUUCAGCAGCGCCGCCGAGGAGCUCGGGCGUCGGCCAGGGGAGCUGGCGCGGCGACAGAUGUCUCUGACUGAAAAGGGCGGGCAGCCCACUGUGCCGCGGCAGAACAGUGCCGGCCCCCAGCGUCGGAUCGACCAGCCGCCACCCCCGCCCCCACCGCCGCCCCCUGCGCCUCGUGGCCGGACACCGCCCACCCUGCUGAGCACCCUGCAGUACCCGCGGCCCUCGAGUGGCACCCUGGCAUCGGCCUCGCCUGACUGGGCCGGUCCGGGAGCCCGGCUGCGGCAGCAGCCCUCCUCCUCCAAGGGCGACAGCCCCGAGCUGAAGCCUCGUGCGGUGCACAAGCAGGGCCCUUCACCUGUGAGCCCCAAUGCCCUGGACCGCACGGCCGCUUGGCUCUUGACCAUGAACGCGCAGUUGUUAGAAGACGAGGGCCUGGGCCCAGAUCCCCCCCACAGGGAUAGGCUAAGGAGUAAGGAGGAGCUCAGCCAAGCAGAAAAGGACCUGGCAGUGCUGCAGGACAAGUUACGCAUCUCCACCAAAAAGCUGGAGGAGUAUGAGACCCUCUUCAAGUGCCAGGAGGAGACGACGCAGAAGCUGGUGCUGGAGUACCAGGCGCGGCUGGAGGAGGGCGAGGAGCGGCUGCGGCGGCAGCAGGAGGACAAGGACAUCCAGAUGAAGGGCAUCAUCAGCAGGUUGAUGUCAGUGGAGGAGGAGCUGAAGAAGGACCACGCAGAGAUGCAAGCAGCUGUAGAUUCCAAACAGAAGAUCAUCGAUGCCCAGGAGAAGCGCAUCGCCUCCCUGGACGCCGCCAACGCCCGCCUCAUGAGCGCCCUGACGCAGCUGAAAGAGAGGUACAGCAUGCAGGCCCGUAACGGCAUCUCCCCCACCAACCCCACCAAAUUGCAGAUUACCGAGAACGGCGAGUUCAGAAACAGCAGCAAUUGUUAACCUGCCCGAGGAGGGGAGGACUGUGGUGGCCCAGGGCCGGGCCUCGGCCUGGGGAGCAGCACCCCACAGCUGCAGCCCCAGCGCGGGGGGCAAGAGGCCGAGGCUCGUCUCCCCGUGCCCUCCGCCCGCGGCCCAGGAGGCGGCCACAGAGGGAGCCGAGAGACCGACGCUGCGGGAGGCCCCCCUCUUCCGCCCGAGAAGCCAGUUGGGUGCAGGCCGAAGAGACUGCACGCGGGGAGCGGGACAGCCCGGUGGGAGCAGGGGGCUGGCCCAAACGCGGCUCUGUUGGUUAUUGAAUUUGGUGUGUCACCUUUCCUCCUUGACCUGGCCAAGUGCAUGUACCCCCGCCCCCCUUGCUCCCCAGGGAGGGAGCUGCCCACAGAGGUGGGGGAUGAAAAGGCUGGGGCCCAGGCUCCCUGGUGGCCAGGCUCCUCCCUGUGGGACCUGCCCCUCAGUUUCAGGAGCUGACAGGUCGCUUGGCAGGCAGGGAGAGGGUGGGGAGGAUGGAGCUGCCAGAGGUCUGUGUCCCAUGCCCGGCUCUGAGCACCUGCCACUGCAUGCAGCCUGCUGGGGACCCUUCCUGCUCUGAGGAACCGAGGAUUCACCCGUACCUGUCCCCACACUGCCCGCCUUCCCCUCCCUCUCUUACUUAUUCUGCCAAAAAGACCCAGCGAGGCUCACGUCUCUGUCCUCUGGGCCCUCGCACCUGUUGGGAGGAUCCAGAGCCUCCCUCACUUGCCACCCGGGCCCAGGCUGAUGCUCUGGGGCUCCCGAAGCCAAAGAUUCGGGCAGAGUUGGCCCAGACGACACUGUGCGUGCUGCUUGCCCUCCUGUAGCCCUGCAGGGAGUGGCUGCUGGUGCUCACCUUGAGAGAAAGGCUGAUCUUUCCUGAUUGGUGGUUAAGAAAAUUCUAAUGCCCACGGGCCCUGAGAAUGUGGAUAACUGUGAUUUUUUUUCCUUUCACAGUAUGCAUUAGAAACAAAAGCCCGCUUGCUCGCUUGCUGGAACACAGGGGCCUUUUAAAUUGAGCGUGCGCACUGCAUGGGAAAUAGCGGCCCUGGAGGAUGUUAGACUUGCUCCCUCUCCAAGACAGCAGCGGCCUGCACCAGGCCCCGUGUGUGCGGCCGGCCUCCUCACCCCUCCCGGGCCCCCAGCCAAGGACCCAGGCGCUGCAGACAGGCGAGGGGCACACCCCGCAGCUGGGGCCGGUUUUCCUCAGCUCUAGGCUGUUCUGUAGCUUUCCAGCCCUCCCCACCCCUACUUGCGGGACAUAGGCGGGCAGGAGCUUGGGUCCCUCUGGGUUCCUCCCUGUUCCCAGCCCCAGCCCCAGCCCUGGGUACCGGAGCUGGGGCACUUGCCCUGCAGCAGAGCCAGGGCCAAGCCAGAGCCGCCCGUCCGCCUCAGCCUCGGGCUGCUGAGGAGACCCUUGGGAAGCGCGCUGAGCCCUUCUCGCCCCAGGGGCUGGAGACGCGCUGCCAGAGCCGGGGUUGCCACAGGGCCCGCCAGGAGGGGAAGUGGGGGGUGGUCCCCACCACACUGAACCCCCAUCCUGGGCCCGCGCUCAGGGACCGGGCUCGAGAUGAAACCUACAGUACAGUUAGGCCAGAGACAUGCUGGCGGGGCACGGGCCGCUCCCAGGGGGCACAGGCCUUGGGAAGGACGGCCGUGGGGGCUGAGGCCGUUUUCACUGCUGGUCUCACAGGCAGGGCCUGGCCCCAGUGAUGUCCUCUGGUUCAGAUUCGUCCCGCACUGCCCAGUGACCCUCCCCUCCCCUCCCCUCUCCCACCGAUGCCUCGUAGAGCGAUCUCGGACCAAUCGCCUCUUAGCAAUACAGGGGGAGGCUCCCUGGCCCGACAGCAGGCGCAGGAGGCCAAUGCAGUGGCCGGUGCUGGCGGCCCUUGGCUGGGCUGCGAGCUCUCAGGCCGAGAACCUUAUAUACCUAGUGCAAAAACUGUAAAAGUGUACAGACUCUUCACAGAUUUUUAUCUGAAUUGCAAGUCUGACCAUUUUUGUAAAUGUUCUUGGUGUUUGACUGUAAUGUAACUAUUUCACCUGAUGGUUGUACAUAGUCCUCUAGUCCUGGUGCUGCCGAGGGCUGCCCGGGACCGCUGCUCUCUGAGGGUUUGUAUUUUAUUUUUUAAUCUAGAGAACAGUAUUGGGCAGGAAGAAGAGGUUUGGGAUUUGGGUGUUGGGGUUCACUCCCUGCCCCUGGCAUUUAUUUGUUUGCUUUGCAGUGUGCCGUCUGGGUGGGGUGGAUGGGACGUGCGUCCUGGCUGGGCCAGCAAAGGGGCCCCCGCCUGGGCCACACACAGCCUGUGUCUCAUGCUGGCAGCUGCCUUGCAGACAGAGCCGGGUUGCCGGAGCGCCCACAGGGAGGGGGCGUUGGGGAAGGCACUCUCUGCUCAGGGAGGACCAAGGUCCCAGGCCCAGACCUAGUUGCCGGUGACAGGCUUCCCCUCCUUUGCCAACACAGAGAGGCCUGACUUUUUUGCUUAACUUUUGUGUUUAGGGUGAAGGAAACUGCCAAACUUCCUAUAAGUGAAGACUUUUUCCAACUGCCCAGUCAGGGGGGUGGGGAACCGAGGCCAGAGCUCCACGCCCCCCGCCCUUCAGAGCAUCUGCCCGGGCUGCGCCUCUCUCCCUCCCACCUGUCCGUCUGCAGAAGGCAGACUGUCCAGGGAAACAACCCCUCUUUUCUACAUACUCGGCCCCUAGAGCCGCCCCGGCCCCCACCUCCUUGCCCCCCCCCCCCUUUUGUAAGUAUGUGAAAAGGACAAAACUGCAAACGUGGAGUCUUGGCUGGAGCUCCUCCAGCUGUGACUUUUAACUAUGUAAUAAUGUAC